AUAUGGCCGUCUGCACCCGCACGUUUCGCGAUUAAAUACUCGUGGAUCUGCACGAUACGAGCGAAGGGAUCGCGCCGAUCGAAGAGCCCUAGCCGCCCUAGGUCGAAUCCAGUCGCGGACGGAUAUCCGGUGGAACGUCAGUCGCGCGAGCACGACGAGGCGAGGCGAGACGAGCUGGAAAGCGGCGCGCGCCAGGUCCACGUUUCGGCGCGCCUAACCUCUUCGUGCGGGCGGCAAGUGUCAGUCGCGCGUACAUCCCGGCCUCGACUACCACCGCUCUGCUGGCCGUGCGUCAGUACACGUCGACGAGGAGGAAAGGAUCCCGACCGCGUCCACCCCCGUCCGCGUUCACCCGUGUCCGCGUGUGUGCGUCCCGUGUCUCGUUCCGCCGCGCCGAUAACCGAUGUCCGCUGGCAUGUUCCGCACGACGACAGCGAGGCCGUUCAACCUGCGUUACAUCCUCGCGUUCAACAAACCUUACGCGUUUUGUUGGAGAGAGAAUAAACUGAAAUAGUGUCCACUCGCGGCUGGACACGCGCGCGAUCGGUCCGACUAGCUUAAGGUUUUUUUUGUUUUUAUAAAUAUAUACAUAUUAGGGUAGCCUAGGUCGAAUUGUAUGUGUAUAUAUUGCACGCGCAUUGCCGCGUCACUCGUUUCGACACUCGUUAAUCGCAAUCGCUGGUAUUGUAGAGCGUAUAUUACGAUACGUAGGAGAGUAUAUAUAUAUGUAUAUUUGUACAUACUCGGCCGAGCUAUAUACUUCCCCUUCGUUGUCUUGUCCGAGUAACGAUGCGCUUCAUCAGCGUGGAGAGGCUUAGCGAGAUACAGAAUGACGCCACGCGUAUCAGGAACAUAUGCAUCCUGGCGCACGUGGACCACGGGAAGACCACCCUGGCGGAUUCUCUCGUCGCGAGCAACGGCAUCAUAUCCAACAAGCUUGCUGGCAAGCUUAGAUACCUGGACAGCAGACCGGACGAGCAGAUGCGCGGCAUCACGAUGAAGUCCAGCUCCAUAACGCUGUACCACGUGCACAACCAAACGGAUCAUGUGAUAAAUCUGAUCGAUUCCCCGGGCCACGUGGACUUCGCCUCUGAGGUCUCGACAGCGGUCAGACUGUCGGACGGAGCUGUCAUCCUGGUCGAUGUGGUGGAGGGCGUGUGCCCGCAGACACGCAGCGCCCUGUCCAUAGCCUACGUCGAGGGUUUGAAACCUAUUCUGGUACUUAAUAAAGUCGACCGGUUGAUCAUGGAAAUGAAAUUAACGCCGCUGGACGCCUACGUACGUUUGACGCAAGUCCUGGAACAGGUGAACGCGAUCAUGGGCGAGUUGUUCGCGAACGACGUGAUGGAGCGUGAGGAACGCGAGGAGACGGUCGCACAUCCUGCGUCCUCGGACAAGGUGAACGAGAGGGAUCUGGCCGACUGGCAGUCCGUAUUGGAGGAGAUAGACGAUUCGAAUUUAUAUUUCUCCCCGGAACAAGGAAACGUUCUAUUCACCAGUGCAAUCGACGGCUGGGGAUUUGAUAUCAAGGAAUUCGCGAAAAUUUACUCAAACAAAUUGGGAUUCAGCGAGAAGGUCCUGCGUAAAACAUUGUGGGGGGAUUUUUACGUGAAUAACAAAACGAAGAGGAUCAUGAAGGGGGCUCAGGAGAAGGCGAAGAAGCCACUUUUUGUGCAGCUGAUUUUAGAUAAUAUCUGGGCGUUGUACGAGACCAUAGUGGUGCGGAAGGACAAGGAUAAGUUGCCGAUUAUAGCUGAAAAGUUAAACAUCAAACUGACAACGCGUGACUUGAGGCACACAGAUACGAAGGCGCAGCUGCAAGCCGUUUGCUCGCAGUGGCUACCUCUGGCGCAAAAUUGUCUCGACAUGGUGUGCGAAAAGGUUCCGUCGCCGCACAAUUUAACCGACGAGAAAAUCGAGCGACUGAUAAGCGGGAACAACGACUUCUCCGCAUUACCGCUUGAAACGCAGCAACUGAAGAGAGCAUUCCUGUCGUGCAGUCCAUCGCCGGAAGCGCCGAUCAUCGUAUUCAUAUCGAAAAUGUUUCCGGUGGAGAGAGACAUGUUGCCUGAGAACAGACCGAAGUCCCUGACGCCGGAGGAAUUGGCACAAAGACGAGAAAUCGUUCGGCAGAAGCAUGCAGAGCGACUGGUGGAGCAAAAACCUUCUACUACCAUUGAGAAUCACGAGGAAAAUACGGUAGUCUCCAACAACGUUCAGGACGCAAACCACGAGGACGUCACCGAGGAUAAGUCGGACGGCACGUUGGUAGCCUUCGCGAGAGUGUAUUCGGGAACCAUCAAGAUCGGAGACGAGGUAUUCGCCUUAGGACCGAAGCAUAAUCCCACCGUUGCUCUGGAACGCGAGAGAGCAGGCGAGGUGGUGGAUCCGUCCCUCGUGCUGAAGGAUUUGACGCCCGGCCGGCAUAUCACGAGGGUGACGGUAAAUAAAUUGUACAUUCUCAUGGGAAGAGAGCUGGAGGCCGUGAGCAAGGUGCCGGUGGGCAAUGUCUUCGGGAUCGGCGGCCUGGAGGAGCACGUCCUGAAGACCGCGACCCUCUCGACGACCAUCGCCUGUCCUUCGUUCACGGAGUUGACUUCACUCGCCGUUCCUAUAUUGAGAGUCGCCCUGGAGCCGAAACAUCCCAACGACUUGCCGAGGCUCAUCAACGGCCUGAAGCUGUUGAACCAAGCAGACGCCUGCGCCAUCGUUCACAUACAGGAGACCGGCGAGAUCGUCCUGAGCACCGCCGGUGAGGUCCAUCUGGAGAGAUGCCUGGAGGAUCUCAAGCUGAGAUACGCCAAGAUCGACGUUAACGUGUCCGAUCCGAUCGUGCCGUUUCGCGAGACCAUAGUGCCACCGCCGAAGCUCGACAUGGUGAACGAGGCGAUCGAGAAGAAGGCGGCGGAAGUCAACCUCGAGAUCUGGACGUCGAAUCGGCAGUGUCGCUUUGAGAUAGAUGCGAAAUCUCUUCCGGAAAACGUAACGAAAUUAUUGGAGAAGAAUGCGAAUCUGAUAAAGUUGUUGGACAGUUACUGCAACAGAUACACAGAGGAGAAUGGGGAAUACGAGGAUAUCUCAGACGGGAACCAGUUUAACGAGAGGUCCAUUUCUGAUAGAAAACAAAAGGAAGCAAAGAUAUUCAAGAACGAAUUGGGAGCAGCUUUCCUCGAAGCGGGAUGGAAGGAUAAUAUACUGGAUAAAAUAUGGUCGUUCGGUCCACGAAAAUGCGGGUCCAAUAUCUUGUUGAACGAGACUGAUUACAGGCAAAAGAAGUUCUGGGAGCAGCAAAACACGAAUGGCGAUUCCCGAGCGGUAUAUGAUAACAGUAUAGUCAAUGGAUUUCAACUUGCUACUCUGGCUGGUCCUUUAUGCGAGGAGCCUAUGAUGGGCGUUUGCUUUGUGUUGAAGAAGUGGGAAAUUUUUGAUAUGUCACAAAGCGAUUCCGGUGGCCAGAGCCAGGGACACUUAAUGGGCGGUCAAUUAAUGUCGGCGUGUAAAGACGCUUGUCGACGGAUCUUCAGUCUGCGACACCCCCGACUGAUGACGGCGAUGUACAGCUGUAGCGUUUUAGUCAACUCCGACGUUCUCGGGAAAUUGUACGCUGUGUUCGGCAAGAGGCAAGGCCGUAUCGUAUCCACGGAAAGUGCACACGGCUUCGGUGGACAAUUCAGAGUAUUGGCCACCCUACCGGUUCUGGAGAGCUUCCAUCUCGCAAGAGAACUGUGGACGCAAACGUCCGGAUUGGCUAGUCCGCAACUAGUUUUUAGUCAUUGGGAGAUAAUCGAACAGGAUCCUUACUGGGUGCCAUCCACGGAGGAGGAAUACCUCCAUUUCGGUGAGAAGGCGGACAGCGAUAAUCGAGCCAAGUGCUACAUGGACGCGGUUCGUCGAAGGAAAGGCCUCCCCGUGGACUCCCAAUUAGUUAUGCACGGCGAAAAGCAACGCACCCUUUCGAAAAACAAGUGAUGCGAAUCCUUCAAAAAGCUCCGAGUUUCCUCAUAGAAGCUCGAUAAUACGUCCAUUAAAUCUGUGAAGUUGUAAUUAAUGCAAACAUAGAAUGUUUGUCCCCGCAUUACAUGUUACGUAACAAGAUUAAAUAUUAAUUGACUGAUCAAUAUUUAAUUUUGUUAAUGAAUAAUAUUAAACAUAUUAAAUUGAAAAUGUCUUCUUUAUCUGAUCAUAUAUUUUAAAUAGUUUUUUUUAAGUCAUUCGAUUAAAUAUUAUUUCUACGUAUGUUAUUAACAAUAGCAUAUGUUUACGAUAUAUUUUACGUACAGGAGAAAAAAAUUACAUACAAAUAGAAACAUAUAUGAUUUAAUUUAACUUGAUUGUAUUUUAUUGAACAAAAAAAUACAUAAACUAUGUAGAAAAGAAGACAUAACAUAUGAUGCUAUUAGGAUAUUUACAUUAAAUAAAUGUAUUACUUGAAAAUAAAUGUACAUAUGUAAACAUCUUUGUUAAAACAAUAUGACGAAUGUAUCGUUGAAAUUUGCAAAGCA